UAUAUUUAUAUAUAUAUAUAAAAUAGGAAGGUGACCCAAUGGUUUCUCUGCAUAUAUGAACAGUAGCAUUAGCUUACUUUCUUUUUUAUUUUUAUUUUUAUUUUCUUCUGACAAGUAACAGAGACAAAAGAGAGAAGAGACUCGGGAAGUGAGCUAAGAAGUAGCUGAAGAAAGCAGCUGAACUCUCUUCUCUGCUCUACCAAUGCAGUCAAUAACACCUUGUUUGGUUUAACUAAACUAGGGUUUUCUAGGGCUUUGAAACUCUUCUGUUUCACAUUCUCGGCAGUUGAAAAGAGGAAAAAGAAACACAGAACUUUGUGUUGCAGCAGCGCAUACCUAGCAAACCUGCCAAAGCUAAAACCUUUCCAAAGCAGAGAAUUUUUUUGGUGGUGUGGGUCAGGUCAGGUGGAGGUUUCAACAAGGACAUUACUAAUUCAAUCUUUUAUCUCUUCUACUCAAGAAUAGAGAAGAAACAAUGCAGACUCCAAAAGCAAGCUUUGCAAGCAGAACUAGCUCUUCAGAAGUUCCUCAAAGAAAAUCUCCUGCAACACCACGGACUGCACGCCAACUGAAGACACCAGGAUCCGAUUCUGACUCGGUCUCAUCUCCAAAUCCAGCAAAUAGAACCCCAAAAGACAAAAGUCCUAAAGUCACUGAGCGUAGAUCACCACGAAGUCCAGCAAUCGAGAAAAAGCGCCCAAGCAGAGUAUCUGAAUUAGAGUCUCAGCUAGCUCAGCUCCAGGAGGAUCUGAAGAAGGCAAAGGAUCAGCUGAAUACAUCUGAGUCAUGGAAGAGGCGAGCUCAUCAGGAAGCUGAAGACACCAAGAAGCAGCUAUUAACUAUGUCAGCUAAGCUUGAGGAAUCCGAACAGCAACUGAUGGAACUUUCUGCUUCUGAGGACGCUCGGGUUCAAGAGCUCCGUAAAAUAUCCCAUGAUCGAGAUAAAGCCUGGCAGUCUGAACUUGAGGCUGUCCAGAAGCAGCAUUCCAUGGACUCUGCGGCAUUAGCUUCUGCCAUGAAUGAAAUCCAGAAGCUCAAAGGUCAGCUGGAAAUGGUAAUGCAAUCUGAAAAUACACAAACAAAACAUGCAGAGUCAGCACAUGCCGAUCUACAAGGCUUGAGAAUGGAACUAACUGAAACUCUUUCCCUUGUUGAGAAACUGAAAAAUGAGCUUAGUGAUUGCAGGGAAUCAGAAGCUCAAGCCCUGGAACUAGUAAGUAAAACUGAAAAGCAAUUGGAAAUAGCAAAGGCAACUGCAGAAAUGCACCGGUCAGAAGGCAGCAAAGCCAUGGAGGCUUACAACUCCUUGUCCUUAGAGCUUGAACAGUCAAAAACUCAAGUGAAGUCAUUGGAGGAGCUUAUUAGCAAACUGAAGGCAGAUCUAGCUAAUACUGAUGGUAAAUUGGUGAAUUCUACAGUGGACACUGGACCUCCACAAGAGAGUGAAGAAAAUGAUGGAACAAAUCAGCUUAUUUCAGAACUCAACUCAUUGAAAUUUGAAUUGGGUCAGUUGAGAUCUGCACUGGAGGCAUCUGAGGCCAGAUACCAGGAAGAAUACAUUCAAAGCACAUUGCAGAUUAGAAGUGCUUAUGAACAAGUUGAACAAGUAAAAUUAGAAUCAAGAAAAAGAGAGACUGAGUUGGAGGCUGAAUUAAAGAAUGCUAAGAGUAAUAUUGAAGAACUAAGGGCCAAGCUGAUGGAUAAGGAAACUGAAUUGCAGAAUAUUUCAGAGGAGAAUGAGGGUCUGAAUUUGAAGUUUGAGAAAAAUCAGCCUAGUGAAAGAGAAUCUGAACUUGCAAUAGAACUGAAGAAGUUAGAGCAUGAAUUGGCAGACUUGAAGGCAAGCCUGUUAGAUAAGGAGGCGGAAUUGCAGAAUGUAACUGAAGAGAAUGAGAUACUCAAGAUGGAAAUCAAGAAGGGGGAGAUGGAGAGGAGUGAAAUCAAUGAUGAAGCUGUUUCCUUGGCAGAAACAGCAAAGGCUGCAGAGCGAGAGGCUCUGAUGAAACUUGGUCAUCUAACAGAAGAAGUAGAUAAAAAUAGCAGAAAAGCAGCACGAGCAACUGAGCAGCUGGAUGCAGCCCAGGCAGCAAACACAGAAAUGGAAGCUGAGUUGAGGAGGUUAAAGGUGCAAUCAGACCAGUGGAGAAAGGCAGCUGAGGCAGCAGCUGCUAUGCUUUCAUCAGGGAACAAUGGGAAAUUUGUGGAAAGAACGGGUUCACUUGAAAACAGCUACAACACUAUUGCUGGCGCUAUGGGUUCACCUUAUUCUGAAGACAUGGAGGAUGACUCGCCAAAGAAGAAAAAUGGGAACAUGUUGAAGAAGAUCGGGGUCUUGUGGAAGAAGGGUCAGAAGUAGACAGUAUCUGACAGGAUCUGAUGCUUGAUGGGCAGCUAAGUUUCAAUGUAUUGAACAGCUUUAUCUUUGAAGACUAUAACUCUUUUGCAGACUACUGUAUAGCUAAUGUGGAAGCUGAAGAACUUUGGAAUAUCCAUUUUGUUUCACCUGAUGUUUGUAUUGGCAUCUAAAUACUAGCAUGGCCAGGAUUCUAUUAGCUCUCUCCUUGACAUCUUGUCUACAGUACAAAACAGUUUCCUUUUGCUAUUCAAGAAAAGAUUAUGUAUUAAUUUGGAACAGAUGAUUAAAAAAAGAUGGAAGGACCUCUUUUGUUC